CAUUUCAUUGGUUGAUUCCUGUCUCUCCGCCCGUGUCUAUGGAUACGAAGAAUGCGGAUGCAAAUGGGACUUGGACUUAAGUGGUGUCGGUGUAUCAAACUCAGAAGUCGUCUGUUAAGUAGCUGAGAAAUUUGCUGUUUGCUAAGUUGCCGUGUAGCCAGUUGGUUUAUGCAAGCUGUAGAGAAGGUGGGCUUUUCUGAGCCAGCGUUACAUACAGCCAGCUAACCGCUCAGUUACUGAUUUGUGCUACUUUGCACAAGCAGUGCGCGUUCGUCGUGCUGCGGAUUCGCAUAUGAUCGAAUCGCCGUGUACCGCGAUCGGCCACUAAUAAAGCUGCUUUAGGCUGCGUGCGCGCACACUUUCCUUAUAUGGAAACAUAAAAAAUAACAAUGUGAUGUUUUAAGAUUGUUGUGCGUUUUAUUGAACAAAUUCCGAACCGCCAGAUCGCCGCCUUUCAUUAAAGUUAAACAGUUUCUUUUUGCUUACGUAAGUUCACAUUAUUUUUCUAAGUGAGAAAAGCCUGCUUGUCUUCUGAGAUGGCAGCUCGUUUAUCAGAAGAAAUUAAAUUAACCAAGAAACAUGAAGAAAUUUUAGCGAAGCGCACUGACUUACUGGGACAGAUGGAAAGCGGCUGCAAGCAGCAGAGAGAAAACAGAGAGCAGCGUGUGAUUUUGUGGCAAACCGCUCAGGAAAGAAACGCCACACUCCUGCAGGAUUUGCAAAAAAUGGAGGAGCGUCUGAGUGCCAGACCACUUCUUCAGCCAGAGAUGAUUAGCCUGCAGACGCGUUACUGGGAAUCCGUAGAGGAGAAGAUCCCGGAAUGGGAGGACUUUCUGUUGGGGAGGGGGCCGCCCCCCUCUGCUCGCAGGGGGUGGUCCUCCAGCAGUCUGAAGCGGAAAGGCGCACCGCAGGAUCGCUCCCAAGUCGGUGUCACGGGUCUGCCACCUCGUGCGAGCACGAAAUGCGUUUCCUGACCAGAGGCACUUAACACCCAGCUUCUGCACGGAGCGUAACGCUGAGUGGGUGUUGGCGUUGGCAGGCUCCGUAUGUAUCUGUUUGUGGCGUUACCUUGCUCUCAAGUCUAACACACUGGUAAUCCAAGCCUUUGGCAACACAUAGCGUUCAGGAUUACAGGAUAAAUGUGUUUUAUUGCCCUCCUGUAUAUAAAUGUAAAUUUAUGUUAGGGAUUUUAAGAUAUUAAGUGAAUAUAGAAAAAUUGUAUGUUCCAUAUUUUCAUCAAAAUUUAUUUAAUCCAAAUCAAUUCCCAGAUUAAUUUGAAGGUAGGCCUGUUGGAAUAAAGGACAUCUAAAAUAACUUUUUAAAUUUAUAUCAAUAAAUUUAAUUUCACGUGUCUGUUGUUUUACUGCUGUUGUAAAUGAAAAAAAGCUUAACUGUAUUUAAUAUUUUGAGGAGGGUGACAAUUAUUAAAUAUUAAGUGUAUCGUGUGUUUGCCACAAGAGGGAGCCAUUCGCUCAACUUUGUCUAUUGACAUUCUAUGUGUUCGAGGUAUUUUGUAGUAGUUAGAAAAUGAUUGUGAAAAAUACAGUUUAGACUUGAGUCUUUGUCCUACUAAAUAUGGCCAUAGAUUUUUUUAUUUAUCUGAUUAGCUAAGAAGUUCUUUAGUGGGCUGUUUUUGUGUUGAGGUCACAUGUGUUGAUUUUAUUUAUUUUUACUUUUUUGAUGUGACACCUUUUGCUCCAGUGGAAUUGUCUUAAACAUAUAUAUAAAAAAUAUUUAGUGCAUCUCAGCACGUAUUAAUUAAUACAUUAUUAUGGAUAUUGGCAGUUCAGUUUUAGAAUAUUUACAGGUUUAAGAAUGGUAGAAUGAAGAAUAUCUUUUAAACGGUCCCAGUUCUCUUCCUUUGGGGCUGUAAAAUGAAAAAACACAGAACCAGUGACCCCGUUCUUAUAGAGCAUCCAUAAAAUAUUUCCUGUUCAGACUAA